AUAGUAUUGUACCCACGAGUAUGUUAGUGUGUUGAGAGCCCUUCAAAGGUCAUUAUAUGUGUGCUAAGGUAAAGCCUGCAUAUCAGAAUAUAGUAUUGAAGCCACGAGUGCAUUGUUGGCGCCUAAAAUGUCAUUAUGUGUGUAAGAAAAGCGCCUGCAAUUCAGAAUUGAGCGAUCGUGUCCCUGAGUGCCAUUAUGUGUCAAGAAAACGAACGUCUGCUGCUCAGAAUUUAGUAUGUAGAAAGUUUGUGCUAUUUUGUAUGCAGGUCACGCCUACCCCUCAGUGACUUAAGUGAAGCGAGCUGGUUGGUGAGUUAGUAAGAGUUCCCAGUUUCUUGAUUGACUCUCGACUUGGUUAAACACAUUACCUUCAGUAAGAGGUUAAAUACCAUUCGAUACAGAGGGUGAUCUUGGGAACCUACCUAUACGAAAACGCAUACGGAACAGACACAGGAUGUAUUGACAGCAAAUUUUUUUUCUCUCUUUUCUUCUUUUCUUUCUUUCUUCCUGCCUUCCCACGUUCCCUCCUCCCUUCCAGUUUUCCUUCCUUCCUCCCUCCCUUCCCUCCUUCCUUCAUUCAUUCCUAUUUUCCUUCCUUCCCCAGCAGAAUGUCGACUCGGGAGGAGAAGAAUAAGGACGGAAAAGUAUCACUGAGUUCAGAACAAUAUGAUGACCACAAGAAUUCCUGUGGCUCCAAUGGCUUCAUAUAUAAGCCAGCUCACCGCGAGGACUGGCCACUUCUGAAGAGCCAACAGAAUUAUUACGGGACUUACAAGAGCCGGGGAGCGCAGGCCGGCAUAAGACUCUCGUGGCGUGAUCUGAGCGUGUACGUGCAGGAGGAGAAGUGCUUCCGACGAGGCCCCGACCAACGAUGCCCCACCAAGGAGCUCUUGUACAACGUGUCUGGCAUCGUUUCGCCGGGAAGUCUAACCGCCAUAAUGGGCCAAAGCGGGGCCGGGAAGUCCACCCUAAUGAACGCCCUGUCCCACCGAACGGAGAGAUACAUGGUGGUGAGCGGGGACGUGAUCGUGAAUGGUCGCCGCCUCAGCCGUUCCAUCACGCUACUCUCCGGGUACCUUCAGCAACACAAUCUCUUCCUGGGUACCUUGACCGUCAAGGAGCAUCUGACCUUCAUGGCUCGACUCAGGAUGGACCGCCUUAGCACGGCCAGGCAGCGAGAGGAGCGCGUGCAAGAGCUAUUGAAGGACCUGGGACUCUUGGAGGUGCAUGACACUCGUAUCGGCGUUCCGGGCACCGACAAGUCCCUCUCAGGCGGCGAACGCAGGAGACUCGCCUUCGCCACAGAGAUUAUCAACGACCCUCAGUUACUUUUCUGCGACGAGCCCACGACAGGCCUGGACUCCUAUAACGCCGAAAUCAUAGUCAAGAUUCUGAAGGACAUGGCCACGCGGGGCAAGACCGUUCUCUGCACCAUCCACCAGCCGUCCUCGGAAGUCUUUGCCAUGUUCGACCGGCUGCUGCUCUUGGCCGAGGGGCGUCUGGCGUACAUGGGACCCUCCGCGCUAGCCUUCCAGUUCUGGGAAAGCCUCGGCCACAAGUGUCCCUCCACUUUCAACCCCGCUGACCACUACAUCCACACGCUCGCCGUCUUCCCCGGCCACGAGACUCGCUCUCGGGAACGCAUCCGGAGAAUAUGUGACAACUUCGCCAUGUCUGCCAACUGCAAGGACAUUGACAUCACCAUCCGGCAUAACGACAUCCUGCAGGGCGGCCCCAGUUAUGAGGAGGAAUAUCUCUUUGGAAAUAUUCCGGAGAAGUCGGGCUGGCUGGUGGAGUGGUGGUGGUUGUCGUGGAGGUCAUUAUUGGACGCCCGUAGGAACCUCACCUUCCACACAACCUUCUCCAACAAAGCCGUGAUGGCUUUCAUGAUCGCGCUGAUCUUCUCCAACAUCGAGCUCAACCAGACCGGCAUACAGAACAUCCAGGGCGUGCUGUACUGCCUCCUCGCUCAGGCCUCCCACCCGGUGUUCUACGGCGUGACUGAGGUGGUCCACAAGCAGCUGCCUCUGUUCUUCCAAGAGUACAAGGACGGACUCUACCGUUGCGAUACUUUCUACUUCUCAAGAAUGAUGACGCUGAUGCCUGGCCUGCUCGUGGAGACCAUUGUGUACUGUAUCAUUUCCUACUGGCUUAUCGGUCUCCAGCCCCACGCCUAUUCCUUCUUUAUGAUGCUUUUCAUCACCUUCUCAGUCACUGUCACCUCCACUUCCUGUGCUAUAAUGCUUGCUGUAAUGUUUGAGAAGUUUGACUCCAUCACGAUGGCUGCAGUCCCAAUUCAUUUGCUCAAUAUGGUCUGCAGUGGAAUCUAUGUCAACCUCAAUACUGUGGCAUGGUUCACAGGCGCCGUUAAGUACCUGACGUGGCUGAUGUACGGCGAGGAGAUGCUUACCGUCACGCAGUGGUCAGACGUCAAAAACAUCACGUGUGAGUUCCCAGCUGGAGUGCCUUGUAUCAGCACGGGCGAGGAGGUGAUUCAGAAGUACGCCUACCAGCCCUCUGACCUGUACCCUGACUUUGGGUGGCUGUUCCUGGUGUACUGCUUCUACCACUCCCUCGGCUUCAUUACACUCUACUCAAGGGCAAAGAUGAGGUAACAGAGACGUGAGACGGAGGUACGACGUAGAGAAAAGCAGCUGCUCUAUUUUUCUCUGUCGGUUAUGGUUCCACAGCUCAACACGAUGGUUUGGUGACUGCCUCAACAAAACAAGCCCACAAAUUUUUCAGGUCUUCUACAAAGCAACAAAGACAACAGAAUUUCUUGAAAGACAUCCUUAAGAUGGUCAAAUGUUUCUGUAGCCUUCGGCACUUGAUAGAUCACUAUCAAACUUGAGUUACUUGGUUUGAGCACCAGUGUAGCUUUUUCUGCACUCCACUCCAAGGCCAAGAGAGUAUUAUACAAACAGAAGAUAGAGGUGUGAUGCUUAUCAGUGUUCAUUCACUUCUACUCUGGCUGGCUUCACAGGCUCUGCAAACUUAUUAUCAUGAAUAACUAUGAAGGGCUGGCUACUUGUUAUAUUGUCGAUGAUACUAAUCAAUAUAAUUAUGUGUCAGGCACCAAUUAAAGUAAAUCACUGAUGAACUACUCAGAGAUCGUCAGUUUCCAAGCCACAGAAACAUCCCAACCAUAACCAUAACAUAAUUAUUUUUUUUUAUAAAAAAAAACCUUCAUCAUAAUCACAACACAAACAGAGAUAGUAACACAGAAAACUGUGGACUGGCGCUGCUGGGGAACGGACGUACCUGGUUUAGCUCCUGCUUCUUCGCUCAUUUACCACUCGCCCCACAUAUUCCAGCAGCCAGUUCCUGUACUGGCUGCUCCAGGUAUGACUCAACUUUGAUUUGUUGAUCAUGGCAAGAUAAUCAAGAUAAACUACAAAUCAUAUGAAAAUAAAUUAGGACAAGUGAAAGUUGACCUCGCCGCAAUCACCCAGUUUCUCAACCUUGACGCCAUCUCAAAAUAGAAGGCGAACCACUCCUCCCUCGUCAUAUUAUUACUGCUGCCGUUUUCAUUACCAAAUUACUGCCGUAGAAACUUGCCCAUAACAGCAAGAUGCCAAACUUAAGAGAACGGCCAAAGCAGACCUCCGGACAACCCCACAGAACAAAAGGGCGCCACAGCAGACUGCUGCACCUCCUGACAUCCUAGGCCUCAUCACUAGUGAUAUCACCAUCGUCUCAGAAGAAGGUUAAACAAUAGUUAGCACUAUAGUGAAAGCCCCGCAACUAAUUAUCAGUCAGAAAGAUCAGAUAAUAUCACUAUUGCAGAAAAACAUAGCACAACUAGAAAAUAGAGUAACACACCUAGAGAAACAACUUGAUGAAGUAAAUCAUUAUGAAAAAAGAGGAACCAUAAUUGUUGGUGGACCAGCAUUGCCACUUGAAAACACCAAUGAAAACAGUGCAGAAGUGGUAAUUAGAAUCAUUAAGGACAAUCUUCAUAUAAACAUUACACAAACAAAUAUAAAUGUUGCACACAGGCUAGGGUCAAAGAAGACCAGGAAUACACACCGACCCAUUAUAGUUAAGCUACAGAGCCGGCAGAAGAAACAUAAAUAAUGAAUGUCUGCAUAACUAUUAGGCCUAAUGUCCACAUUAAUGAGAGCCUGACGCCCAAGCGUCGAGCACUGUUCAAAGCUGUAUGGGACAUUAGGAAGCAACAUUGGGAUUUGUUCCAACAAUGCUACACCCAGGAUGGAAAAAAUAUAUGUAAAACUAAAAAACUCAAACCAGAAGCAAAUCAUCACUAUUGAUGAAACACUUACCAACUUAUUAGAUAAGUACCCAAUACUUAAACAAGACCCAAGUACUCACUAGACCCCAAAUAUUCUUCCAUGUCGGAAGAAUGAGCAAAGGAGGAAUCAUAUUGAGAUCUUGGAACUCUAAUUCAACUGAAUUGAGGGGGGGUUGGAAAUGGUCGGCCUGAAAAAAAUCAUAUUUUAUAUUUUUUGGCUUAUAAAAUUCUGCGAAUUUUCCUCUUUCUUUUGGUAUAUGAAUGAAUAUGAUGGAAAAAUAGUAGUGGUAUGCAACAUGCAUUGCAAUGCAAUGCAACAUCCUGCAAUGAGCUUCCGCGCGGCGCCACUGGCUUGCAAUCCAUGUUUUCACCCCUUUUUAAUUUUUGGAAUUUUUUUCAUGGUCUGUCAUGAUACUCUUAGAAUCUCUCAUACCACUUCUCUAGAAAAUGGGAAAUUCUAGCAGUCACUAAUAUAUUUUCGUAUUUAUCCGUGAAAAUCGAUUUAUAUAUAUAUAUUUUUUUUCAUAAAUCAAACAAAACGCUCUCUGUAUCCGACUCAAAUGUCUUCUAAAUUAUAUUUUAUUGAUUUUAUACAGUACAAGACUGGUUUUUACUUCGAAAUAUGGUCAAAAUCGAGUACAUGAAUUUGUGACCCCGUAAAAAAAGACGUAGCAAUUCGUAAAUAACGCAGCCUGUGUAUCCAAUGUAAGUAAGUUAAGGAAACCAAGUCUGCUUUUUUCUUUAUAUCAUGAUAUAUAUAUCCUGUGGAUUUCAAGUCCCUAGUUGGAAAAGGUAAAAUACAAAAAAUAUUUAAACUUCAUCGCCAGAUAUCUCAAAACCAUGAGUUUGCAAUUUAAAAAUAUCUCCUCCGUUGCAUUUCUUUUUAUACACAUAUUACCUACUGCAGCUUAUGAAAGCAUGUGUAAGGAAUAGGGUCUGGUAUCGGAACUUUUGUUUGAAGUUGAUUUUGAUUUUUGAAAAAUAUUUAUAUGGCAAUUUUUUUUUUUCGAACUUCAAAUUUUUUUUUUUACUAUUGCAUAAAACGUACCGCUAGCAAACGUUAAUUUUCCAUGCUUCCUAAUUAAAAUGCUUUUUAAAUGAAAGAAAUCGGCCCGUAAAUAAGGGAGGAAAAACGCUUAGAACAUAAAGAAUUGAACAUGGGAUUUGAAUUUUACAACCCCUGCUUAAAAGACGUAAUGGCUUUUGAUAGACUAAGAUAGCAUACUUCUGAUUAACUAGGUUAAACACCUAACCCCCCUAACUCCGCCUCACCCUGUUCCUGAUCUCCCACCUAACCCCUCCUUAUAUGCGACCUUACCUUAUCUUACCCUUGUUUUGACUUCACCCUAUUCUUUGACAACACCCAGCUAUCACCUUCCUCAACACUAAACAUCCUCGGUCUAUCCUUAACUCAAAAUAUCAACUGGAAACCUCAUAUCUCAUCUCUUACUAAAUCAGCUUCCUCGAGGCUGGGCGUUCUGUACCGUCUCCGCCAGUUCUUCUCCCCCGCACAGUUGCUGUCCAUAUACAGGGGCCUUGUCCGCCCUCGUAUGGAGUAUGCAUCUCAUGUGUGGGGGGACCCCACUCACACAGCUAUUCUGAACAGAGUGGAGGCUAAGGCUCUUCGUCUCAUCAGCUCUCCUCCUCAUACUGAUAGUCUUCUACCUCUUAAAUUCCGCCGCAAUGUUGCCUCUCUUUCUAUCUUCUAUCGAUAUUUCCACGCUGACUGCUCUUCUGAACUUGCUAACUGCAUGCCUCCCCCCCUCCCGCGGCCCCGCUGCACUCGACUUUCUACUCAUGCUCAUCCCUAUACUGUCCAAACCCCUUAUGCAAGAGUUAACCAGCAUCUUCACUCUUUCAUCCCUCACGCUGGUAAACUCUGGAACAAUCUUCCUUCAUCUGUAUUUCCUCCUGCCUACGACUUGAACUCUUUCAAGAGGAGGGUAUCAGGACAUCUCUCCUCUCGUAUUUGACCUUGCUUUCGGCCACCUCUUUUUUCUUUUUUAGGAACAGCAAGUAGCGGGCUUUUUUUUUUAUUAUUGUUUUCUUUUUUUGUGUGCCCUUGAGCUGCCUCCUUUGUUGUAAAAAAAAAAGAAAAAAAAAAGAACUAAACUACUCUUCCUGCUGUCCCACCCUAACCCUACCUAUGCUUGCCUCACCUUUCCCUGUUCUCGUUGCCCCUCCCAACUCCUAUUCCCACCUACCUCAUCCUCUUCUCUGCCUGCCUACCCCGUCAUACCUGACUACCCCAUCCUAUGCUUCACGCUGCUUUCCUUACCCCACCCAUGUUUCAUCCUGUCGCGCUUAUCUCGGCUCUUAUCUAUCACACCCUUUGCUUGCCCCAACUUACCCCAACUUACCCCUGUUUCUACCUACCCCAUUCUUACCCUUAUUCCUUCUCCACCCCAACUCCUUUCCUAACUCUCCCACACCAACCAUUAAUCCUUCUUACCACAUCACCUCUGUGUGUGCCCACCGCAUCGCAGAGGUGAUUGUCUCUGGAAUGGAGGCACACAUUCCACGUACUUUCUCUACUCCUCAUGCUAAAAAGCCUUGGUUAAAUCACGCUUGUUCUCGUGCUGUCAAAGAUAGAGAGGCAGCUCACAAAAGGUACCAGAGUUUAAAAAAAAGAUUUCAAAAAUUGAUUGAAAUUUCCUAUUAACUAACCAUGAUCGUAAUAUAAACUGUAAUUUAUUUCUUGACACGGUAUAUAGCAUUUAUUACUCUUGUUUCCUAAAGUAUCAAAGUUUUUAUCAGCAAAGACUACAAAAAACAUGGAUCACUCAAGGAAUUCUUAAAUCCAUACAACACAAAUUUGCCUCGUAUAAAUCAUAUAAACUAGGGGUGAUUAACUUUAAUAUAUACAAAAACUAUAGAAACUACCUGAAUAACCUCAUUAAACUCACUAAAAUAAACUACUACCUACAAAGAUUAUCAGAUUUUAGACUUAAUACCAGUCAGAUAUGGGAAACAAUAAAUGAACUAUCAAACACCAAUACUAAAACCUAUGCCACAAUCAACUCAAUAAUUUACAACAACCAAGUAAAAGAUUCACCAAAAGAUAUUUCUGACGCUUUUAAUGACUACUUUGCAAAGAUCGCCCCUGAGCUUGCCAGCAAACUGCCCCCUCCACAAACCUCUCACAACUCUUAUCUCCGCGGUAACUACUCAUGCUCUAUGGUAAUGCCACUAAUAACGAAUUUCUAUAUGGUAAAAGCAAUAACAUCUAAAAAUAAAAAUAAAGUCACAUUGAUGAGAUAUCACAAAAUAUAGUAAAAGAAAACAAAGAAAUAUUUGCAAAACCUCUUACAGUCUUGUUUACCCAAUCAGUCAGAACAGACAUCUUUCCCGACAGAUUCAAACUUGGUAAAAUAAUCCCAAUUCAUAAAAGAGGUAACAAAACAGACUUAUCCAAUUAUCGUCCGAUUUAUUUUCUACCAAUAUUUUCAAAACUUUUUGAAACUAUAAUGAAAACACGUUUAAUGACUUAUUUAAACAAAAGGAAACUCUUAAAUGAUAAGCAAUUUGGCUUUAAACCAAGUUUGAGCACUUUCGACGCAAUUAAUACAUAAACAUCUGACCUUUAUAGAGCUCUCAAUGAAAAUAAAUCCAUCAUAUCUAUUUAUAUCGACUUCAGCAAAGCUUUUGACACAGUUCAACCUGAUAUUCUCCUGGAUAAAAUGUACUUCCAUGGUAUCCGGGAAUGUAUCUAUGAUUGGUUCAGCUCUUAUUUAAGCAAAGGAACACAGUUUACAUUUUUUUUAACAAUAAAUCUUCCUCCACCAAGCCAAUAAACAUAGGAGUACCGCAAGGUAGUAUAUUGUUUCCCACACUGUUCAUUCUAUAUAUUAAUGACAUCUGUAAUAUAUCCAACUCCCUAAACACAAUACUAUUUGCGGACGACUCAACUUUUUACAUGCUUGGAGAUCAACCAGCAGAAAUAAUCAAUAGAGCCAACGGUGAACUUCAGAAAUGUUCAAACUGGUGCUUGGCUAACCGUCUAACGGUUAACACUGCCAAAACCUAUUACAUGCUGUUUACGAACACCAUUACCACUUACCGAUCAUUACCAAAUUUAGCUAUUUUAAACGAUUUUAUUAUCCAGGAAGACAAAAUAAAAUUCCUAGGUAUGUUUGAUAGCCACUUAAACUUCAAACAUCAUAUAUCCAAUCUAUGUUUAAAACUAUCAAAAACUAUUCCAAUCCUUCUUAAAGCAAAACGAUUCGCCCCAGAUGAUAUUUAUAGUAUGCCCAUUUUUACCCACAUCUAAACUACUGUAACCCCAUUUGGUCCAAUACUUAUCAAUGUUUUUUAUAUAGUCUUAACGCACUGCACAAGAAAGCCAUCAGAAUAAUGACUAAUAGUGAAUAUUGCGAGUACACUCCCCCUUUAUUUAAAGCAUUAAAUAUUCUGAACCUUACUUAUCUAUCAAAAUUAACUAUUGCAUCCAGUAUGUACAAACAAAUAAAAACAAAUAACUACAACACCCAGCCUCUACAUAGUUAUCCUACUCGUAACCAAAGUUCAUUGCGUAUCCCAAGCCAUAAAUUAGCCCUGUUUAGACACUCACUAAUGUAUUUAAGACCCAAAACAUGGAAUGAUGUCCCGAGACAAAUCAAACUCUCAACGAAUCUACGAUUGUUCAAAGAUAAAUUAAAGAAGCAUGUGUUAUCCUUGUACAAUAAUAAUAAUAAUAAUAAUAAUAAUAAUAAUAAUAAUAAUAAUAAUAAUAAUAA